GAGCGACCAGCCGCCUCCCUCUUCCCCAGGUCUGGAACAGCAGCUGGACCCCACCCCUCGGCGUGAGAAGGAGGGGGCGACUUGAAUCCCUCAGCUGAUGCUGGGAGACCCGAGUUAGUACGGGGCGGGAAGUAGAUCCCGGUUCUGGGGUUACAGGGGGAGCUGUCCAGCCCUGCAGAUCCAGCUGGAAAGGAGAGUGGGCCAGGGCGCGCCAGGCGGAGCAAGGCGCGGGCGCCAGGCGCGGGUGCGGCAGUGACUCCCCCUUGCAGCCCGCUCCCCACGUGGCCGCCGCCGUCCCAGCCCCUCCGAGGAAGCGGCGCGGCUUCCUGCGGCUCGGGCCGGGGAUAUAGGCGCCCCCGCCCGGGCCAGCUCAGCUCCGCCGCCCCUCCUCGCCUUCUCGCCCAAGGCGUGAUGGCCCGGUUCCUGGUGGAGCGCGCCCCGGGUGGAUCGCGGCUCGCUCUGACCCGCGCCGGGCGGCCGGCAGCGCUCCGCCUCCCUCCGCUGCUCCUGCUGCUGCUGCUGCUGCUGCUUCUGGGUGCUGUCUCAACCUCUCCGGAGUCCCUGAAUCAGUCUCUUUCCACUGAGGACAGCUGGCUGUCGAAAGGGAAUAUGGAGGACAGCUAUGAAGAGAAUGUCCAAUAUUGCUGGUUAGAUUAUAAGAGUCUUAUGGACUCGGUCAAGGACUGGUGUAACUGGACUUUGAUUAGCAGGCAUUACAGCGACCUGCAAUAUUGCUUGGAGUAUCAGGCGGAGAGGUUUGGCCGGGGUUUCCCGAAUCCUUUUGCAGAAAGGAUCAUCUUCAAGACUCACCUGAUACACUUUGCCAACUGCUCCCUGGUGCAGCCCACCUUCUCCGAUCCCCCAGAGGAUGUGCUCUUAGCCAUGAUCAUCGCCCCCAUCUGCCUCAUCCCUUUCCUGGUCACUCUUGUCGUGUGGAGGAGUAAAGAUAGCGAUGCCCAGGGCUAGGAGGUGCGAUCCUCAGCAGCCAUCUUCCCCUUACCCCUGCUGGAACUGGGAAUCUCUCCUCCCCUUCCUAUCUCCUUUUCUGGCUCUCGUCUUCCCCAUAGACCUUUGGAUUGGUGGAAAUGGAAGCCAAGUCGAGUCAUGGCACAAUUUCUGUAGUCUUUUUUUUUUUUUUUUUAAAAAGGUGUUGUUGUACAAUAUUCCCUUCUUAGUGGGGUCUGUGUCGAUGAUAGUUCUACAGGGCCUCAUUCCUGGGAACAGAGCUUGAAUCGAGACAGCCCUGCUCUUAGGGUCCUUUCACCUGCCCUCCGCCUCCACAAGAAAGUCAUGUUCCUAUAUUCUUUCCUCCCAGGGAGGGGCCUUUCCUGUCCCUCUCCAAACCCAGCUCCAGGAAACAAGCAGGAAGAGACUCCCUUCCGGUCUGGACAGCAGCUGGGGGCCUUUAGUUGGGGAGGUAUGGGAGGAGGGGCAAGAAAUCUCCACUCCAGCAAGGAAGAAAGACUACCCAGGAGCCCAGCUUUGCCCUUUUGUUGUGCCUCAAUUUACUCUAGAGACAGAAAGAAGAAAUAUGAUUACCAACAGAAUUUAUCCUUAAGGACCUCAGGAUUCAGGCCCAAGGCAGUGGGGGCUUCGUCCAUAAGAUUCUAAGGUCCCCUCUAGGUUCCCACAUCAUCUUAGAUCCAUCAUGGCCACACACUGCCCCCUGGUGUCCACUAAAGGCAACAACCAGACAAUGUAUGGGAUCUAGAGGAAGUUCCAGGCUGCUGCGGAAACUGGACCCUGGGGCUCAGAAACAUGUUAUCUCCUUGACAACCAAAUUCUUAGCUGGGCCCUUCUAGAGCUUCUUGAGAAAUAUGGAAAAGAUACUCCAUUGACACACCUACUUCUCUGCAACUCAUCAUUUCUCUAUAUGAGCAGUGUUUCCCAGACAGUGAGGACCAGUUCUCACUGGGGAACUCUCAUCUCCAAUCCUUCCUGAACUACACUUACCAGGUCCCUCCAAACACAUGCAAAGCAACUUUACUUUCCAUAGAAACAUCUGAUUACCUUUUGCAGCACUCUUGGGCUCUUUAGAGGCUUCCGUUUUCCCUGCUAAAAUAUCUGCUUCCCUAAAUAGUGCACGCCUAUUUCCAGGCACAUGCUUAUCUGUUUUAGAGAUACAUGCCUGUGUUUCUUGGAACCUACCUAUUUGUUGUCAAAGAUAUGCUUCUCUCAGGCCACAUCUGUUAUCUAAGGAUUUUUGUUUUGUUUUUAUGAGACAAGUUUUCUCUGUGUAGCCCUGACUGGCCUGGAACUCAUUCUGUAGACCAAGCUGGCCUUGAACUCAGAGAUCCACCUGAGUCCGUCUCUCAAGUGCUGCAAUUAAAGUCACGUGCUAUCACAGACCAACAACCUAAGGAUAUUUUUUAGUUUUUAGCUGGAAUAAAUAUUUGCUCUAUUCCCAUGAA